CCAUGUGGUAAAGUUUUCCGAAGAAAGUUCUCUCUUGUUCGACAUAGGAACACCGUUUGCCCAAUUGCUCAGGCAAAAUCUGCAAAUGUUCAAGAGAAAAUGACUUCUUCCCAAUCACAGAGCAUCCAAAAAGUACAGCGAGACCAAGAUCCGAAAGAGACAUGUUUCAUCUGUAAUGCCCUGAUCUCGAAAAAGAAUAUCAAAAGACAUGCAAAGAAACACAAUGCGCGGGAUGACUUGAUACACCAUCGUGGGAUUUGCGUUGAUAAACAGCGCGGUCUGUUCAUGAUAAGCAAGUCAAGAACUGGUCCAGACUACCCACUGCAUGUGCAAAUGAACACUGUAACUCAACAGAUGCAAUGUGAACAUGAACACUGCAAUUUAGCUUUGGGUGUUGCAGCAAGAGGCAAUGUAGGUACUUAUCAGUGCCCCCAUUUGCAAUCAGUUAUGUUUGCAAGUGCAUGUCCCAAAGAAGUGCGUCUUCAGUCAGACUAUGCAGAAAAUCUUUGUCAAGAGAACGUAAUAAAUUCAGCGAGCAUGGACAUUGCCAAGAAGCUCGUUAAUACGGCCGAGAAACACAAAAGCCCUGUUGUCGUUUUAUGGGAGCAGAAACACUCUGUAAACUGCCUUUAUUUCUCUGUUUAUGAUGAAACGAAGGAAUAUUGGGCAAAACUCGGUCGCGCUGUAGUAACAUUCACAAAGGAAAGAGGACAGCUAAAUUGUGUUUGUUGCAAAACCACCAGAUCUUGCGUACACAAGAAUCUUGUCAAAUGGUAUUUGGCACAAGAACACCCAGAGUUGCUGAGCAGUACUGCUGAGAACAACACGGAUAUGUGCAGCGUAGAUGAAGAGGUAUCAGUUGACCCUAACUCAAGCGAGGAACCAAUACCAUCAUUAACCAUGGAAACCCGACCCUUACGAGAAUCGGGAAGCAGGUUGUGCGAGGCAUAUCCACCGUCUGGACAUGGUGCACGCUUAAUGGUAAAUUACCUAACGUCUCAGAAGAAAAUACCACCAGAAUUCAAACUUCCGGAAAAUACACAGUUAGGACCUGUAGAAAACUUGGCACCAAUCGAAACACAAUGUGCAAUGUGUGGAAAUGAAGACCUUGACCAGUAUCUGGUAACCAGAAAAGGGAAAAUAUAUGAUAAAGAUCAUGUGUACACAGAACCACACGGCAAUUGGAAGGGCUGCCGAUACAUUAACCGAAGACACAGGAUUACAUUUUCCCGGAGACAAAAUGUUACAGGGGUAUCUGCAUUUUGAGGCCAUGUGCGAUCACAAGUACAGUUUCACCUGUGACAUCUGCGGCCGAUUUCCAUGUUGCCUGGUGACAGAUGCUAACAGGAAAUGUGCAUUUCCAUUAGCAUUGUCACAGGUACCAGGGGCAGAAACAGCUUCAGAUGAAAUCAACAUGGAUGUGUUUUGGAACCAAACAGUGGAGGCGUCUUUGUUAUACAGAGGUUUUGGAAAAGAAGCGGCCAACGAUGGGCGUGUUUCACCUUCAUACGACAACUGGGCUCCUUUCGUUGGCUUAGCGAGGAAAGAUGCAAAGGCAUUCAACACUGAAGCUGAAAAAUUAAGAUCACUGACAAAGCAUCUUCAGGAUGGAGACUUUGAUGCAGGGGAUAGGGACCUAACGGAAGAUGUCCUGAUGCAAAUGCUGUGUGAAAAGAAGGUUCCUGAGGUACGGCAUUGGUGUACAAAGAUGGAAGUAGACGCCAAAGGGACAAAACUGGAAAUGAUAAACAGACUGAAGGAAAAACUGAAAAGCAAAUCAACCUUCAACAAGUUAUUCUCAGGCAUAUGGGGCCAUUCUGGUGGAUGGGUGUCAGCCUCCUGCCCCCACAGAAUCGUGUAUGCGUUUAAAUCCAUCCUGAGACCUGAAAGUGUGAGGGACCAUGUGGAUUUAUUACUAUCCUUGUCAAGACAACCGCCAGUAGUCAUCAGUGAUGUAGCUCCGAUGAUGUCACGUCAUGGAAACAGGAGGCGGAAGAACAUGUUCUAUCCAAAUGAAGGACGUUUGGCUGAAGCAACUGCUGAGAACAUACAAAAGGCGAAGGACGGAAACUUUUCUAAGAGCAUACCUUACAUGAAGGAAUGGCUGACAGUAGCUCCACUAAAUGCUCUGGACUCCGAUGCGCAUUUCCUGCCAUCAAGUGAAACAUUCUGUUUGCUUGAUCGAUUUCAUGAAGGGAACACGAAAUCGGAACAAGAACUGCUCAGACGUAUUUCGCUUGUUCCCGAAAUGAAAGGCAGAAUUAAUUCUCAAGUAGAAGAGCAAAUGCACAGGAAGAUGAACCGGAAUAACUACUUUCUCGAUGUCAUGUCGCCUGGGAAUUAUAUGUUUGUCCUUCGACUGCUGUUGCAUUUUUACAAUCAACAAACAAACAAGAAAAUGACAGCCGCAGUCGAAGGACAACUGAAGAAUGACAUUCUGUGUGGUGAAAUUCGACACGACACGUUUGGCCGCCUGCACCUUUCAGGGCAACUGGAGUGUAUCCAAGAACAAGCAAAUUCAGCAGAAUCAACAUCAACUAAACUUGAUGUGUUUCAAGAUAUCUGCAAUGAUAACAGACAACUGGACGACAUAGUGGUGUCCAUAGGUCCCUAUAGAGUUUCAAAACUGGAUAUCCUGACGAUAGCACCAAGGCUUCCGAAAGAAACCGAAGACCAAAUGAGAGACAAAAUAGAGAAAGAGAUGAGAUGGACGGUUGGUUGGGUGAAUGAUCAGAUAAUAAAUGCCUUCCUGUAUGUGCUGUGUCAAGGACGCGAGUGUAAGGAAAGAAAUGUAGCUUUAUCUACUCAGGUUAUUGAGGGAUGGCGAAAUUUCAAGUCGGGAAGGAGUCACAGAGUGGCGCUUCUACGAAAGGAAAAACUCUCAGACGCAGAAAAAGUGUUUAUACCGAUUCAUAGACAGGGCAGCCAUUGGACAUUGUUGGUUUUGGAUGUACAAACCAAACAAAUGCGUUUCUAUGACCCCAUGAACCGGACAUUUGAUGAAGAGGUGGUCAACAUCACAAGGGAGUACAUGGAAUACAGACUUCAGAAUGUACCGGAUGAUGCCAUUGACCCAACACACUUCAACGUAGAAGUCGGUCAUGGGUACACAACACAGAAGGACACUAUUAGCUGUGGGGUUUACGUGUGCAUAUUGUAAGCGAUGGAAUCGAA